GGCUCAGAUAACAACCGAUGUCCUCAGUCGCCGCCCUGCAUCGCUCCGAGCGAGGUUUAUUCAGCCACAAAACAAGAAAUCCUGGCCAAUGGCGUUCAGGAAGGCUCUGAAGAAAACGGCGAUCAUAGGGGGCGGGGCGGUCGCCACGGUUUUUGGCCUCUCACACCUAAUAGAGUACAGGAAGACGCAGCAUGGAUUGGCUCAAUUAGCCCACGUGGCAGCAGAGGCAGAGCUGAAGGUUCCAUAUGCGGACGAGCUUCCGUCCCGGCAGGCCCAGCUCACGGCGCUGAAAACCACGGAGGAGUUUGACGUUCUGGUUGUUGGAGGAGGGGCCACGGGUGCAGGAUGUGCCUUAGACGCUGUCACACGCAACCUCAAGACUGCCCUCGUAGAGAGAAGCGACUUCUCUUCGGGGACAAGCAGCCGGAGCACCAAGCUAAUCCACGGUGGAGUCCGCUAUCUUCAGAAGGCCAUCAUGCAGCUGGACUACGAACAGUACAUGAUGGUGAAAGAGGCCCUCCACGAGCGAGCCAACCUCUUGGAAAUUGCGCCGCACUUAUCCGCGCCGCUACCCAUCAUGCUUCCUGUUUACAAAUGGUGGCAGCUGCCUUACUACUGGGCAGGGAUCAAGAUGUACGACCUGGUGGCUGGGAUUCAGUGCCUGAAAAGCAGCUACGUCCUCAGUAAGACCAAGGCCUUGGAGCUGUUCCCCAUGCUGAAGAAGGACAAGCUGGUGGGAGCGAUCGUCUACUACGACGGCCAGCACAAUGACGCGCGAAUGAACCUCGCCAUCGCCGUCACCGCCGCCCGCUACGGCGCCGCCAUCGCCAACUACACUGAGGUGGUGCACCUGCUGAAGACAAAAGACCCGCAGACGGGCAAGGAGAAGGUGUGUGGCGCCCGCUGCCGGGACGUCAUCACAGGACAGGAGUUUGACGUGAAGGCCAAGUGUGUGAUCAACGCCACCGGACCCUUCACAGACUCACUGAGGAAGAUGGACAACCAGGAAACCUCAAACAUCUGCCAACCCAGCGCCGGUGUUCACAUCGUUAUGCCAGGUUACUACAGUCCUGACAACAUGGGGCUGCUCGACCCGGCCACAAGCGACGGACGUGUCAUCUUCUUCCUGCCCUGGGAGAAGAUGACCAUCGCCGGCACGACAGACACCCCCACCAGCGUCACGGCUCACCCGAUCCCGGGGGAGGACGACAUCAACUUCAUCCUGAGGGAGGUUCGGAACUACCUCAGCGCUGACGUGGAAGUGCGCCGAGGAGACGUGUUGGCAGCGUGGAGCGGCAUCCGUCCCCUGGUGACCGACCCCAACUCCAAAGACACUCAGUCCAUCUGCAGGAACCACAUUGUCAGCACCAGUGAAAGUGGAAUGGUCACCAUCGCGGGUGGGAAGUGGACGACCUACAGAUCCAUGGCUGAGGAGACUCUGGACGCAGCAAUCAAAGCCCACGGCCUCUCUGCUGAGUCCUGCAAGACUGUUGGUCUGAUGCUGGAGGGGGCGAAGGGCUGGACGCCCACCCUCUACAUCCGCCUGGUGCAGGACUACGGCCUGGAGAUCGAGGUAGCACAGCACCUGGCCUCCACGUACGGUGCGAAGGCGUUUGACGUGGCAAAGAUGGCUCAGGUCACGGGGCAGAGAUGGCCAAUCGUAGGGAAAAGACUGGUGUCCGAGUUCCCGUACAUCGAGAGCGAGGUGCUGUAUGCGAUUAAGGAGUACGCCUGCACCGCCAUUGACGUCAUCGCCCGACGAACACGCCUGGGCUUCCUGAACGUGCAGGCCGCGGACGAAUCCCUCCCACGCAUCGUCCAGAUCAUGGGGAAAGAGCUGGACUGGAGUCAGGAGAAGAGGACGGCGGAGCUCGAAGCGGCGAGGAAGUUUUUGUACCAGGAGAUGGGCUACAGGUCUCGCUCUGAACAGCUGACUAAGACGUCCGAUAUCAACUUAGACUACCAGGAAGUAGUAAGAUACAAGAAACGUUUCCAUAAGUUCGAUAAAGAGAGCAAAGGAUUCAUCACCACUGUCGACGUCCAGCAAGUUUUGGACAGCAUCAAUGUCCACAUUGAUGAAAAUGCGCUCCAUGAAAUCCUUAAUGAGGUGGACCUCAACAAGAACGGACAAGUUGAAAUUGAUGAAUUCCUGCAGCUGAUGUGCGCCGUGAAGAAGGGACAAGUGUCGGACAGCCGCCUGGCCAUCCUAAUGAAAACAGCGGAGGAGACUCUGGAUAAGAGAGGGCCGGUGACGGUGGACCGGAGCGGGGGCGGAGUGUGAGCCGGAGACGAGGAGGACUUCAGGGACGCCAGGAAAAACAUGAGGCUGCUGCUUCUUUAAAUGUGGUAAUGACAAAAAAAAAAAGGGUCUCAUGCAAAUGGCGCUAUUUGAAUGACAAUGUUGCAAUCAAGCAUGCGGCGGGAUGAAUUUGGCCAAAUCAAGUGUAGACCAGUGACACUCCUGAGUGUUUUUAUGGUGAAAUUGUAUCUAAUGACUGAGAUUAGUUUGUCAUGAUGUCAGAUCUGUUUGUUUGCGCGUCAUGUCCUCGAGUGAUUGGGUCUGGACAUCCGGUGCCUCUUAUUUUACACAGCACACAAUAGAUCUGUUUUAUACUGUCUUCUAAACAAAUGUUUUAAUUAUGGCUCUCACACUUUUCAUUUUUUAACAUUAUCGACACUGAUUGUUGUAAAACACUGUCCUCAUGCAGCUUCUUCAGACGGCAGCUGAGCUUGUGGUCAUGCUUUGUUUUACAGGUUCAUCAUUUCCUAAUAAUUACCCAGAUUUGUCUUUUGGAAGGAACUUUGUAAUUUGGUGCCAAUUAUAGAGAAAAUAGAGACAGUGUUGACAUGACCUGGAGCGUCUUUUCAACCUCGUCUCCUGGAAAUAUUCAGCCAUCGUUUCUCCAAAUGCUGAAUGUUAAAUGUUUAAGGCAGAAGUAACUGGAAAUCAAGCGCUGAUGGCUUUUAUGAAUAUGCAUGUCAUCGGUUGUAGAUGUAAUUCAGACAUUAUUUUGUUAUUAGACCUACAGUGCAAAUGGUAAACAGCAUACGCAGCGUCGAAUAAAUAGGAAAGAGAAGAUGUGGAAACUGAAAACGUCAGGAUUUUGUCUCGUCAGACGGAGACGAUGAAAAGAGCACUUAAGGUUUUUAGCUGGUGAACUUCCUCUUAAGAAAUAAUGCACCUGUAAAAUAAAGCCUCACAGAACUUCAGUGUGUUGUGUCUGCUCUUAGCAUGUGAUAAGCUCCAGUCAGGUAAUAUUUAAUAGGUCUUAAAGCACUCUGAGAUGUUUCUGAAAUCCCUCUGCAUCUUCAUGUUGACUACUUCUUCCGUCGUUUGCACUACUAGCAAAACUACUAAUACUGAGGUUUACACAACAAGGUUUCCAGCUUUAGCAUUACUGUUGGAGGAUGUUGUUCUUUUACAUCACUGCUGUUGUUCUGUUCUUUCUAUAUAUAUAUUUUUAAGAAUUAUUUAUUCCUUUUUCUUGGUGUCGCUUCAGCCAUUUAUAAACAAAACUACAGAGAUUAUAGAUUUAAGUGAUUCAGAAAAAAAUGGAUUUUAAAAGGACUGAGUUAAUUUUAUUAGUGGAAUUGCACGCUACAUGUUAACCUUAUUCUCUCAAUAAUGUAAAGCACAAUCUUUAUUUUUACUACGUGUAUUUGAAGUGGAGUUUAUGAUUUUAUUUGAUCUGAGGAGCUGUAUUAACGCACAUCCAGUCUGUGUGAUGGCAGCAGACUGAUAUAUAAUCCUGCAUGCUGUUAGCUGAUGUUUUCAUUGUUUAUGUGUCAGAAAUAAGAUUUUUAAUCCAGCACCGACAUUUCAUAGCAUGUUUUUAUCUUCAGCGUUUGGUGGAUGGAAGGCGGAUGCACUGUGUGAAUGUAUGACAUGUGCCUUGAUGUGCCUAAGCUGUUCACAAACACUCCAUGUUCAACAAAUACAGGAAAUAAUGUUGAGAAUGUUAAGAUAUUUAUAUUGUUUAUAACGUUUAUUAUAGAAAGAAUAGUAUUGAAACUGCAUUGUAUGUUAAUAUAUGUAAGAACAGAGGCCUGUUGUGAAGGACGAGUUUUAAUUGGGUGUGUAACUUAAAAGGGGAACUCAUUUUGAAGGGCUGAGUAUUAAAAACGAAUGUAAUGUUGUUUUUAUUCUAUGAUCAGACUGUUGCAGUUUUAAAUCAACAGCAACAUUCAAAUCAGGAUCUGAUCAAACCUCACAGUCCUGAUGAAGCAGGUUAGGAUGAAGUUUGAUUUUAAUUGUUGCUAAUUUAGUCGUGAUUUAAUGUUACUGAGAAAAUGUUUUCAGAGGCUUUUAGAAGUUUGAAUGAGAAGAAAAAACAUUUUUUAUUGUCCUCGAAGUUUUACCCGACAAGGCGCCUCGUUGGCCAAUCGCAUAUGUUCAAGUGCCCGUUCCAGGAAUUUCUACUGCUGACUUUGCAAUCAUUGCAACUAAAGGUGAAACAAUUACAACAGUGAUAAUUCUCCAGAGUUGUUUCAUCUUGUCUGCAGCCAGGUUUCCAUCCAAAUUAAAACAAAUUUCCAGAAAAACAGUAAAAAAAUAAAAAUAAAAAAUGAAUGUGAGUUUCUAUCCAUUAGUGGUUAAUGGGUGCCAUUAAACCACAGCAGAAGUAGUAGUAGAAGUAGUGCAACAGGAUCAUGUCAUUAAAAGAGUGUUAGUCAAAGCUCUAACGAUUGAAAACAAAGUGGAAACAUGUUGGAAAUAUGACAUUUACCUCGCGUGGUUUUAACGCCAGACUUUUUCUGUCUAAGUAAAGUGUUAAAAAAGUGAUAAAAACAAAAACCCUUUAUGUGUUUGACAAAGUUUCUUUUGUACUUUAAGUUUAGAAAAGUGAU